AUGGUGGUUGGCGGCAGCGCGGGCUGCGCGGGCGGCGCAACGGCCGGAACGGACGGAGGAGGGGUCGUGACCUUGGAGGGCCGUGGAGGCGCGAGGCCGAUGCGGCUGAUUGCCUUUGUCCGCACCUUGGCUGGCGCCACGCCCCUCGGCCCGGCCGCCUUGGUCUUCACCAGGCCCGUCUUCUUGGCAGCCGGCGGCGCUUCGCCCGGUGAAUCGGCGGCCGCCGCAGGUGCUUCGAAGAAUUGCUUCGGGAUCCUCUUCCUCUUCGACGGGAUGGUGGAGGCGAUCAUGGCCGACACGACGCCGGCGGCCGGCGGACCUCCGACGGGGACAUCAACCACCGCGCCCGAAGGAGGUGUACCGCCGGCGGUAGGCGGCUCUUGCGGACGGUCUAUGGCGGCCGGAUCCGGCCGGGAAGGGCGCGGGGGAGGAGAUCGGGCGGCGGCGGCGGCAGUUGGCUUCAGCGAAAUGCUUCCCGCGCAGUGGAGUGGGCGAUAG